AUGUCUGGUUUGGAUCCAGUGGAUCUGGACUUUCUUAUGAAGAAGGGGGCAUUUGUCUUGCCGCAGCGGGAUACCUUUUAUGAGGCAGGGUCCUACUCGCCCUUUCUCAUACAGACGGUCCUGACCAGUGCCACUCUCUACGUGCCAACCGAUCUCCUGACCUCGUGUGGGUACACAAACGUCACAGAGGCACAAACAGCAUUCUUCAACAAGGCAUUGCUAUUACACGACUUCCAGUGCGAGAAGAGUCAGCUAUGCCUGCUGCAAGGAUCCCUCAUCUUGGGUACAACUGCCUUCUUCUACCCCAUUGACCGAGAUGUUCAGUACUGGUUCUUCAAUGCCGUCCGGCUUGCCACGAAGCUAGAGCUCCAGAAGCUGUGA